CUGCGACCCCGCCACUGGCCGCGUCACCGAAAUCAACCUCCGUGGCGAGUCGGAGGAUUCAAUCCUCACAAAAGUCGGGAAGACCUCCGGCUACAUGACCAGGACCAUUUCCCCGCCAUCUGCAAGCUUGACCAGCUACCCACGCUCAUCGUCGCUGACUGGAAGAGCCUCUCUGGCGAGAUCCCCGACUGCGUCUCUUCGCUCUCGAACCUCCGCGUCCUGGAUCUCGUCGGCAAUAGCAAUUCCGGCCAGAUCCCCUCCCAAAUCGGCAACCUCGGCCGCCUCGUGGUACUCAAUCUCGCCGACAACAGAAGGAAAUCCCAGCCUCGAUUUCGAAAUUGGAGUGCUUGA